CCCACAUUUAGUUCCAGGAUUUAGAGUAAAAGUGUUGCCAGCAUGUUCCUGCUCCUGUGUGGACUUUGUGCCGCGGUGCUGAUCAACAUGUCGGAGGGCGUGAGUCGGGACCUGGUGGCGAUCCAGAAGCCGCGCUUCUACGGCGUGCGGCCGGGUCGCUUUGUGGUCAUCUACUGCAUGUCCUCCAAGCAGCACCUGGCGGCCCAGGUGGUCUGGUACAAGACCCCCAAGUACGACCGGGCGGGGUCUCACCGGCAGGUGCUAGAGGGCGCCAUCACUCGCCACAAGAACCUGACCCGCGACGCCUUCCUCAUCCUGACCGACUUGACCGUCCAAGACAGCGGCGUUUACUACUGCAGGAUCGACCACGCCUGGGGGGCGGGGACUCAGCUGCAGGUUGCCAGGCCGGUGGACAGAGCCCGGGUGUUGCACCACAGCAAGGUGAAGGACGGCCUCAUGGUCACGCAGGCUCUCAUGUUGACGCUCUUUGCGGCCGCCCUGCUGCAUCGCAAACUGCUGCUGAAGAGGAGAGAGACCAUCUACGAGGAGCCUCAGCUGGAUCACAUCUACCAGGGUUUGGUGAUGGAGAUGGGCGGAGACGACCUCUACGAGGAACUCACCAUGUACGCCCAGGCUGCAGAGGUCGCCGAGGCCCCGUGGGAAUGAUGCGUGCGCUCCUUGUAGUCCACAGGAACUACUUUUGUUUACGCAAUAAACUUCUGAGUGCUCACCGCUGCAUAAAAGACCAUUUUAAUGGAAGACAAAAACAUUUGUUCCGGUUUUUUUAUGCAUUCUAUGUCGUAAAUAAACGUUAGCAAAAGUCAGCUACCAAUGAAGGUAGUGGAAGUCACUAUUUUGCCUAUAAAGGGCUGUAAAAACCUCUAUCUGUAAAUAACGUAGUAGCCGUCACAUUCAAAACAACAUGUGUUAUUUACACAUUUGCUCGUUUUAAGCAUACGGGACGCAUCACAACAUUCACCUUCUCCUUGGACAACCACGACACUACUAAUGAUGGCAGACCUCAUGAGAGACAACCAAGAGGACUUUGGCACACGAUCCAGAAACCUACAUUUUUGAGCCUGAAUAUAAGGAGGAUGAUGUACAGGUUUUAGAAGCUGAGCGAUUAGAUCCAGCAUGUAGCAGUAUUGCUAAGUGCUAAACAAGAUCCAUCCAUCCAUUUUCUACCGCUUGUACCUUUCGGGGGUCGCUGGAGCCUAUCUCAGCUGCAUUCGGGGUACACCCUGGACAA